AUGGAUGCUUCUACUCCUAAAAACCACCCCUUUACCAAUCUGUUGCUGGGGAAGAGAAUGGAGUACGAUCUGGAGAACACACUCACGGGCUGCAAUGACGAGCAGCAGCACUCCGGCUCCUUUGCAGCGCUCUUCGCCGCGGAAUCCGACCACAUGAUCACCUCCGUCGGCACUAUCGACAUUGCUGCCCGGAGGGAUGCCGUCGCUCUGGUCCUGCAGGCACAGUUCGACUGCAAUCUCGACCCUUCUGUCGCUUACCUUGCGAUCAACUACAUCGAUCGGUUCCUUUGCAAGCGCGAAAUCUCGCAGGAGAAGCCAUGGAUCGUCCGUCUAUUCUCCAUCUCGUGUCUCUCCCUCGCCUCGAAGAUGAAGAAGAGCAGAUUGAUGCUCGCGGAUAUCCAAGGGGUGAAAGGCAUCAUCUUCGAUGGCCAAACAGUUCGGCGAAUGGAGCUGCUAGUACUCGGGACCUUGGAUUGGAGAAUGCGACCGAUCACUCCGUUCUCCUUCCUUCGAUUCUUUGUUUCCUUCUUCACGCCUACUCAAGAACCUUUGAUUCGAGCCCUCAAAUCCCACGCGACGCAGAUCAUCCUCAAAACCCAAAGCGAGAUGAAGAUGCUAACGUUCAAACCUUCGGUGGUGGCGGCCGCGGCCCUCCUCUCCGCGGCCUACGAGAUCUUCCCCGUCCAGUUCCCCGCUUUCCGCGCCGCCAUCUUCUCCUGCGAAUUUGUAAAUAAAGAGAAGCUGUGGGAAUGCAGCAAUACAAUGGGCAACCUCGCGGCGGACGUCUGCGACUCCCCGACCUCGAACACCCCGGUGACCGUCUUCGCCCGGCACUGCUCCAGCACCGAAAGCGAGCCCGUCGUUGGAUCCUCCUCCUCUGCCAUCGACCGCGAGGUGAAAAAGCGUCGGGUCUCCUCCGGCCACGCUCCGCCUGCGACCCCGGCAACAAACAACGACCAAGAUUCGAUAUUUUGAGGACUCCUCUUUUGUGAAGAAGAAAUGGUGGUUAACUUAAUGUGGUUUAUCUAAAAUCUAAAUUAAAAUAUAUUAUUAGAAACAUAGCAGACAAACAAUAAAUGCCUUUUAUUAAAUAUUUACAAGGGCUGGUAAAGUGUUGGGUCAACAAGGCGGAGAGUGGCAGAGCGGAGCAGUUGAGAAGUUACGAGGCGUGGCGAACCGGCUUUCCGUCCGGACAGACCGGUGCGGUGCGGUGCGUUGGCAGACGCGUGAUAUGUGUGUAUUUUCAUGGAUACGGAGUGAACCCGUCGAUGGAUAAGAGUGGCUGAAUGAGAAGAGUCGACGUGGCGACGGAGGUGUAAGCGAGUACACUGGAGUUUGUCUGUCAGUUCCUUUUUAUUUUUAAGGUGAAAUUAAAAAGAUGAUUUUUAA